UCAGGUUGGGCGGCGGGUACUCCUGUUUGUUACCGGUCUGUGAGUCUGUUGCGGUCGUGUUUUUGCGAAACCUCAGUUGUUGUGCGUCUGCCGAGUUGAGUCGUGCGAGGCCCCGGCAGGCAGGCGGGUGGUGGUGCGCCCGUGGCUACGGUUGCUGGGGGAGGGGAGGGCGGCUUGGCGGGGAAGAUGUCUGCCACUCUCCUCUCGCCCAUCGUCGAUUAUUACAACGAUGAGGAGGAGCUGGACAGCGUGGACGACGAGGACGACCGCAGCAUCCGGGGCCGUGAGUCGGACGAAGAUACAGAGGAUGCAAGUGAGACAGAUAUUGCUAACAAGCAAGAUGAUGAAGACUACCUAGAAGUGAAAGAACAAAUGUACCAGGAAAAAUUAACAUCUUUAAAGAGGCAGCUACAACAGUUACAGGAAGGUACAUUGCAAGAAUAUCAGAAAAGGAUGAAAAAACUGGAUCAGCAAUACAAAGAAAGAAUAAGAAAUGCAGAGCUAUUUCUCCAACUGGAGACUGAGCAAGUGGAAAGGAAUUAUAUUAAAGAGAAAAAGGCAGCAGUGAAAGAAUUUGAAGAUAAAAAGAUUGAGUUGAAAGAAAAUCUGAUUGCUGAAUUAGAAGAGAAGAAAAAGCUGAUUGAGAAUGAAAGACUAACAAUGGAACUCACUGGAGAUUCUAUGGAGGUUAAGCCGAUUAUGACCAGGAAGUUGAGGAGAAGACCCAAUGAUCCUGUACCCAUUCCAGACAAAAGACGAAAACCUGCACCUGCGCAGUUAAAUUAUUUGUUAACAGAUGAACAGAUUAUGGAAGAUCUACGAACGCUUAAUAAGCUCAAAUCUCCAAAAAGACCAGCAUCUCCAUCUUCUCCUGAGCACCUUCCCAGCACUCCUGCAGAAUCACCAGCACAGAGGUAUGAAGCGCGAAUAGAAGAUGGAAAAUUGUAUUAUGAUAAGAGAUGGUAUCACAAAAGUCAGGCUAUCUAUCUGGAAUCCAAGGAUAAUACGAAGAUCAGCUGUGUAAUUAGCUCAGUUGGAACAAAUGAGAUAUGGGUGAGAAAGACAAGUGACAGCACCAAGAUGCGUAUAUAUCUGGGACAGUUACAUAGAGGAGUAUUCAUUAUACGUAGGCGAUCUGCUGCCUAGCACCAAACCAUGUUUGUGACUGAGAUCUUCCAAUUUUCUCUCUGCUCAGAGAGUGACUCCUUCCUGGUUUUUUUUGUAUGGAAAUCUGUAUUAAUACAACCAAACUUAAUGACAGACUGAAGAACACAUAAUUUGAAGACAUUCUUUCUAAUGCCAGUUCUGAUGAUUGUGUAUAUUUUUAAGAAUAAAAUUCGCCUUUUCAAGGAUUUUUCUUUCCUUUCACCUUCCUCCAAGAUGAAGUUGAGCAUUCUUUAUGGUUGAAAACUUCCAUUUUGUGGAUCGUUUCACUUAUUCCAGAUGACAAAAUGAAACCAGUUUUGCUUCAUUGCUGGAUAGUCUGGUACCUCCUGAACGUGAACAAUUCAGUUGCCUUUUUUUUUGGGGAGAAAAAUUAUUUUGUACAUGUUGUUUAUUUUGUAAUAGAACGCUUUACCGUUGUCACUAUUAAACACAGGCCAAAAUGUGGGAUUUUUUUGUUUUUAAAUGUGUAUUAAAAUAACCUUGUUUCUUUGAAUAAAUCAACUUGAGUUUA